AUGGGAAACAGGAAUAACACAAAUAUGCCUGACUUCAUCCUUAUGGGAUUGACCAACUCUGAAGUCAUACAGCAGGUUCUCUUUAUGUUGCUUCUUCUGAUUUACCUGAUUACCCUGCUGGGGAAUGCAGGGAUGAUACUGAUAAUUCACCUGGAUCUCCAGCUUCACACCCCCAUGUAUUUCUUCCUCAGUCACCUGUCAUUCCUUGACCUCUGUUACUCAACGGUCAUUACACCUAAAACCUUAGAGAACUUACUGACUUCAAACAAGUAUGUUUCAUUCAUGGGCUGCUUCACUCAGAUGUAUUUUUUUGUCUCCCUCGGUGUCACUGAAUUUUUCCUUCUCUCUUCAAUGGCCUAUGACCGCUAUGUAGCUAUCUGCAAUCCUCUUAACUACCAGGUGGUUAUGUCCAAGAGCCUCUGCUGUGCCCUCAUCACUGGGUCCUUUGUGAUUGGCUUCACUGAAUCCUUAGCCAAUAUUCUUUGGAUGAACACUUUGCAUUUCUGCAAAUCCAAUGUAAUCUAUCAUUUUUUCUGUGACUUUCCCCCAAUAUUAGCCCUGUCCUGCACUGAUACUCGAGGUAUUGAAAUCAUGUCAUUAAUUCUUGCUGGUUUUAAUGAAUUAGUAUCUUUUACCACAGUCUCUGUGUCCUAUGGGUCCAUUCUGUCUACUAUCCUGAAAAUUAAUUCCACUUCAGGAAAAUGCAAAGCAUUCUCUACUUGUGCCUCCCACCUCCUGGGAGUCUCCAUCUUUUAUGGCACUACAAUUUUUACAUAUUUAAAACCAAAGUCCUACUCUUUGGGAAGGAAUCAGGUGGCCUCUGUGUUUUAUACUAUGGUGAUCCCCAUGCUGAAUCCACUCAUUUAUAGCCUUAGGAAUAAAGAAGUGAAAAAUGCUUUCAUUAGAGUUCUGCAGAAGAGAGAGGGUUCCAGGCAAUUGAAAUGA